GCUGGGCAGGUCAGGAGUACAGUAGGUCGUGAUCUGUACCAAGCCUUUAAGAAAUGCUUAAAGGCUUGAAAGUUUGUAUAUGUAUAAAACGCUGCGCUUGGCGGCUAUGACUUUGAUCCCCUUCUAUGGCUUAAGCUGACGCCUUUGCUCUGGUUGUUCAGGCCGGAGCCAAUCCAAACCAACGUGCAUCAUGGCAGGCAAUCAAAAGCGGAGUAGAGUAUCGGGCGCUAUGAAAUGGGAUGCUGCUGCUGGGAAACAGACAGCGACAGGCCGCAAACCUCUCGGAGAACCCAUGUCUGUCCCACAGGUGCUCGUGAUGGUAGGACUGCACCUGUGUCGUCGUGUGGUGGUGGUUGAACCGCGCGUUAAAGUGCCCCUCUACCUCGGUGUUUUGCUGAUCGGCUCGGUGAUGUGCGACUUCUUCCCCAUUCCGCGUACUUACCUCUCGCGCAAGGACAACGUGUUUAAUAUCUAUUUCGUCAAGGUCGCCUGGGGCUGGACACUCACCACGGUAGGACUGUUUAUGGCCGUCUCGAGUUGGGUGUACUGUUGCGGCGACCGCGCGCUUGUAAAGCGUCAUUUGAGUCGCCUUGCCGUCGGCACUGCCGCGUGGUUCUUCACGACUAAUUUGUUUGUAGUGUUCGAGGCGUACACGAGUCGCUGUGUCGUCGACAAACAUGGAACGCGGGAAGCGUGCCUGAGGGCUGGCCAACGUUGGUUCGGGUUUGACAUUUCUGGUCACGCAUUCUUACUGAUUUUCUGCAAUUUAAUGAUCGCCGAGGAAGCUCGGAGUUUCUGUGGCUGGGAGAGAAUCGGAGACUUGCUUAGAAAUGAAAAGUACGACGAUGACAGCCCUCUAAAGGAGUUGAGAGUCGAACAGCUGAACCUACUGCACGAUGCGUACCCGCGGCUUACGCCAUUCGUGCGCCUGCUGUUCGUGGCUUUGACCUUCCUCUCGCUUCUUUGGGAUUUAAUGCUCGUGUGCACGGUGCUGUAUUUUCACAGCAUGGCCCAAAAAAUACUCGGUGGCUUGAUAGCUAUUGUCGAGUGGUUUGUGCUCUAUCGCGUCUGGUACACAAUGACGUGGUCUCCGGGCCUACCCGGCCAAGGACUUUUCAAGUAUCGUGACGUCCAGAAGAAGAAAUCUCAGGGUUCUCGGAACUGAAGAGUUGUGUGUUCACGCUUUGGCUCUCUCUCUCAGUGCAUCAGAUGGUGUGCCUUCAUCAGCAGACAUCAGUAGGCUGUUGCAAGAAAGACUUAAGUGUGGAACACGCGGAAGCCUGAAAUGGGUGUUGGUGUCUCUGUGAUAAUUGGAAAGAUGUUGCAUCAUUAUGUGAACGGCGUUUGUGUUCGUGCCUACAUAAAUUGGAAUGCUAGUUAAGGAAGAAAAAGAAAUGUUCAGUAAGAGCUGGUCAGCUAUCUGUCUUUUUAAAAUUAAGCAUGCAAGUAAAAAUUUAAUAUGUGAACUGUCUUGUCACGUUUAUAUUUUCCUGCAUAAAUUUGAAAAAUGUCGGUGCUUUAACAUACCAAGUUUACAUUAAAUGUACAUGCCGAAUGUCUUUUCAUUCAUUGGUAUGUCCGUGGGUAGGUCUGAUGAGUGGCUAAAGUCGUAUCUUAGGCAUGUGUUGACUACUGUGAUAAAUUAUUGGCAGAAUAUCUUACAGCUACUAUGAAAAUGGAAUAAUAUAUUGAAGAGUUUGUUUCAUGUGGAAACGAUGGUUCUUUAAAUGAAACAUAAUGCUUGUGCUUAGCAUGCAAAAUGUGUGCAGAAGUUUGUGUGAUGUUUACAAUGCAACAGUAAUGGGCCUUUUCUGGGUAGGUAGUCUGCGCAUGCGUGCCGGCUUUGAGGUGACACGCGCCAUGAUUUUCGUGGUCAAAAUGUGAGGACACAUGUGGACCAAGUUACAUCUGGUGCCACAAACAUGCAACUGUUUGCCCCAAAGAGAGGCAUGAAUGCAGGCCUUUGAGACUGCCUACCGGCAUGCGGCGGACAAUUUCGGAGUCCAACAGCCACCAGUUUUGAUUUUAGCGAGCUCCACUGGGGGUGCUGUUCGGAAUAGGGAAAGGCCCAUUAAGCAUUUGUUUUUAUGCAGUUUGAUUGUAGUAUUUUGAGACAUAAAAGUUGUACCUGUAAUUUUGGUAAACUUUCCAAAAAAUUGAUUAAAGAACAAGUCUGUGGCAUCAUUAACUUUUUAAUUAGUGCUAUGGCUCAACCAGGAGACAGAUUGAAAGAAGUUAUGCUUUUAUCAGUUAUAAUGCCAUCUUGUUCUGUGAUAGAUGCAGAUAUAGUGUGCAACAGCUUAAUUUAAUGUUUAAAGGGGCACUGCAACUUUUUUAUUAACUGCCUGUUAUUAGCAUAGGAGUGUGUGUAGUAGUGGAUCAGUAUUUAGUACUCACCACUCUGUGAGACAGUAAGAUGAACACAGAAGGAAUCAUAAAAAUUGAUGCAUGAAAACUGAAGUUACUGGUGCUCAAAGUUAACCGGGGCAUAUAAUAAAAAAAAUGUACUCUUUCGUAUUUCACUCUAUCAGUGACCAUCGCUAGAUCUACCUAAGGCAUGCCUCAUGAAGGUCAUUGUGCAGUGCACCUAGUGUAAUGUUGCAAUUGCUUAUCAAAUUCGAUACAAUAUAAAAACAAAUAUUUUUCCAGUUGGGUGAAGUAUGAAGGGUGCACAUAUAUAUUUAGAGCACAAUAGCGUGGCGUAGCUGGAAUCACAUGACUAGCACGAGCCUUGGGCCAUCAAGGAGGAAGAUGGAAGGACAGGGAGGUUACUCAGUUAUGAGACCGGUCGGGCGAUCAAGCUAACCAGAACAUACAGCCAGUGACAUUAGUGGCAAAUUGUAAAAUGACCAGGUAUCACUUCUGAUGCCAAAUAUUGCCACUAUGGAGCUGUAGACGAAGCAGAAUGUGGUUGCUUCGUUCAAACAAGAUCAUAACUACUUUGUUUUCGGCAUUCCUACUUGUGGUUCAAUAUCGCCUCAUAGGGAUCAAGACGACAUGCCUAAUUUGCGUUACACUAGCCGACUUGUAAACACGAACUAAACACUACUACUGCACUUCUAAACACGAGCCGAUGAACUCUCUUCUACAUGGUGUUUUGCAAUAGCUGGCUGGAUGUCUGCAAAUGAGAAAAGAUUAAAACAGUGUUCACUCUUGUC